AUGGCUCCAGUUCCGAUCGAUGAUAGCCCGGAAAUUCCGGUACUGGCAGUUGGCGGACUGUAUGUUCGCGAUGCUGGGAAUGAAAACACAAAGCCUACCUCUUCUCUCGACUUCAACACCCAUACUCUGUUUUCCCGCGAUGAAGCGACUACAACAAGGGCCUGGGGCCAAGGCACGAUCGACCCACAAAGUAUCAAGAUGCAAGGUCUGAUGGCCUUGUUUGCUAUCAUUGGGGCAGCUUUCGUUCUCGGUGGAAUUUGGUUCUUCUUCUGGGCCAGAAACGGCGGGUUCGUCUGGCGCCAGGGUGACUGGGACGAGUACAAGUCGACUGUUCUGCGUCGAAAGGGACCAGACGGUAAAACUCUCAGUAACGCAACCAAGAGUACAAAGCUGGGCGGCGGCAGUAUCGUCGGCAAGGGUUACACCGAUGAUGGAUACUCCUAUACCGAUGGUUCAUACACGGAAACAGCGACAACCGUCACCGAAGAGAAGCCUCGUCGCAAAAGAUUCAGAGAUGCCAAAGAGAAGCUCCUCAGACGCAACAAGCAAGAACAGUGGGAAGGUGCAGAGGAUGCCGACGUGCGCGCAUACCGUGAAGAAAAACCCGCUCGCAUCGGUGGAAUGAACCGCGAAGCCGACGGAACCUACCACGGCAGUGACUACGAUACCUCAGCCCCACCCACAUAUUACCAACAGAGUGAGAUGAGCCAGUCUCACGACUUUGCUUAUGAUCAACCACCUCCUCGACGUCAGCGCCCAAGGGAUCCCUCUGGAUUCUCUUUCACAGAGGGCAGCGAGGAUGUGAUCAGCCAAGUAACCGAGGAGCGCCACGUUCGAGAUCCAUCUACUCGCCGGCACAACCGCCGCCGUGACCGUCGCAGCAAGCCUCCCAGCCAGCCUCCCAGUCAAACUUCCAGUGAAGCUCCCUCUGGUCCUCCGCCCGCACCCUCAUCGCGCACCAGCAGUCCUCGCAAGCACCGUGAGCGUCGCUCUGCACCCCAGGGCCACUACACCGAACCGUUGGACUUCUCUUCUGCCGGCACUCGCUCCGAAUACCAGUACUCCAACGUUGACACCGAAGACUCCGGUACCAAGAGCUACAAACACCCCAUCCCCGGAUUGACAAAGGGCUACCGUCGUGAUGGUCGCAGUCGUCGCCGCGAUAGUUUAAGUGACAGCGAGGGCGAGACACAUUACUCGUGA